UGAAAUAUCUUCAUUAUUGGUAACAAACAAUUUAACAUCUUGUGUCAAAAUUAACCGUAACACCUAAAUAAUGCGCAAAGUAAAUAAAUUCCUCAGCAUUGUGGACACUAGCAAUUCAAUUUUCCUGUUAACUCAUUUCGAAUAUUUUCCAAACAACGUUCAAUUUAUAUAAAUAAGCCCGCUUUUAACACCAAGUGUUAGUUCAAUUUUAUCAACAAUAUACUAUUUACCGGUAUUGAAACAAAAGUGCCUUUCUUAACAAAAAUGGAUAGAACUUUAUAUUUUAUCCUCUUCGUGUUAGUCUCAACCGCCUAUUGUCAAAGUUUUUCAUCAUUCAAUGAAAGUGUCUCAACAUCGAAGGGAACCCCGAUUGUGGAGCCUACAAAAACAAUGGAAUUCGGGGCAUCACAAAGGAAUGUGAGUAUUCAGAGGAGACAAUCUGAAUACGUUACGUCUACAUCAGCUACAAGCCAAAGUCAAAAUGUUGGAUCGUCAGAUCUCAGUCCAUCGGAAGCCAGAAGAUAUUAUCCUUAUUUUCGACUCAGGAAAAUGUACAGCACGCACAUAAGGCAGGAGUCAUAUCCUCUCUCUAAUUAUGCUGAUCCCGACGAUCCCGAUGAUAAAUUCCCUACUGUUGCUUAA